AUGGGAUCCUUGACUAGACCAAGUUGUGCGCGUGUGAAGGUGGAAGUUGAUUUACUGAAGGAAUUGCCAAAAAGAAUUCACAUCAGUUGUAUUGAUGAGGAGACAGGAGAAGUAAAGGCAAAAUGGCAAAAAAUACAAUAUGAUUACUUGCCUAAAUAUUGCACUCAAUGUAAAUUACAAGGCCAUGAUUUACAAGAUUGCUGGGUUGUUCACCCUGAAUAUAGGCCCAAGAAAGAAGAACCAAAACUGGAGGGAGGUGGAGCACCUGGAAAACCAAAACUGAAACAAGUCAAUGAAAGUAUGAAAGAUCAACCGACUAGUAAAUCAAUUGCAACAACCAGUGAGACUACCAAGUCUCAGCCUGCUAAACCAGUAGAAACGAAAGGGAAAGGAGCAAACAAUUAUGGGAGAUACAAUGGGAAUAACACAAAAAUGAAGUGGAAUGCAGUGACAAAUAAGAAGAAGAAGCAAAAUAACAUGGAGGAGGGACAAAGGGGUAAGCUUGCAAAGGAUAAUGAUGAGGAAAAUGGGCAGCAAAGAAAGGAAAAUGGGCAACAGAAGAAUAAUGUGAACUCGUUUCAAGCACUUACCAAUGAGGAGGAAGAGAACUCUGUGGAGAUAGUUGCAGAACAACGAAUGAAGAAGGCUGAAACAUCCGAAACAUCCAAACCAUGGGUGGAAUCAUCUUUUGGCACAUCAAAGGAUGGGGAGAAAAUGAUCCAGACUGUAGUGGAGAGCAACCCAAAGGGGAAAACUGGGAACAAAGAAAUUCAAGAAGAGUGCAGCAUGUCAAAUGAACCAGUUAGCAACAAGGAUAAGCAGUUAAUGCAAAGCAAGACUGACACAGACAAGCAGGCAGAGAUACCAAACCAAGAUGAAAGUAAAAGAAAAGAAAUCAACAAUACUCAAAAGUACGCGGAAAAAGAAAAUCACAAUGAAGAGGGGCCAAGCAAGACAGUAGAAGAGGAGGUGAAUAAAUCAGGGGUGACUGAGAAGGAACAAGAGAAAGUAAAGGUAAUGCAAGAUGUAGAUUUAAACAAAGUGCCUGAUAAACCACCUGAUGAAAGCUUGAACAGAACCACUGAAGAUGAAGGAGAGGGGACUUAUAAAGAAUCGUUUGAGGAUUCUCAAUCAUCAUCAGUAGGUAAUGAAGGAACGACCAUGGAUCAACAAGAUGCAAUAAUUCCUCCAGAAACACAAUCAGUGGAAAUUAUAGAGGAAAACAUGACUGAGCACACUACCAAUAACAAAGAUGAUACUUUGAACAAAGAGGAAGACAUGCAGAGGAAAAAUUCUCAGUUGGUAGCAAAAAAAUUUGAAAAAAGAGGGCAACAACAAGCAGAAGAUGGUGAAGAGAAGGAAAUUGACAUUGGUGAUGAUGAUGAGAUGGAUGAGCAGAACAUAGCAAAAAGCAUACAAAAGGCCAUGGUCAAGGGAGGCAUUUCACCAAGACAUUUCACAAAAAACAAAAAUGAGAACAUCAAGAAGACUGUCAGAGAUAAAAGUGUACCCCCAUCAAUUGCUAGAGGUGUGCAAACAAGGAAAACAACUUCAAAAUCUAAAGUUUCGCAAUGA